AUGCAUCCGAGCACAUCUACUCAUCGUAGCUCGAGUGAAUAUUCAACUAGAAGAUCAAGUGAAUACUCAGUUAGUGAACAAAUCAAAGUACAAGAUGAUGAAAAGAAGAUGGCCCAAGGCGCAUUGUACAAAAUGGCCUUUGGCAGCUGCAAGAACGUACUUGCUAUCAUCCCAUCAUUCAUUAGUGGCGGUGGUGUCAUUUUAAUCUUCUUCUUCUUCGGUAAAAUCCUUAACUUAAUCUCAUUUUACGCUUAUGUCCCAGAUCCAAAAACAUAUGACAAGUGCCUCAAAUAUAUUUACGCUAUGAUUGGUACAUCAUGUGGCUUAGCUAUCUUCAAAUUAUUCGACCAAUACUUGUGGAUCAGAAUCGGUUGCGAGAUUUCUUGCAAGAUUCGUAGAGCUCUUUUCAAGAACAUGAUGCAAAACGAUGUCACAUUCUUUGAUACAAACCCAAUUGGUGGCAUUUUAACACUCCUUUCUGAAGAUGCUCAACAAGUUCAACAAGCUUUCGGUACAGACAAGGGUACACAGAUUGCUAACCUUGCUCAAUUCCUUACUGGUAUUAUCUUCGCUUACGUUUACUCCUGGAAGCUUGCUUUAAUUGCAACAGCCAUUAUUCCAGUUGCUGCCAUCAUCAUGGCCUUCUUCAUGCCAGCUGUUGUCAAGCAAACAACCCAGAGAUUCCUUUACCUUUCCAAGUCAAUGACAAUUGCUGAAGAAACAUUAUCUUCUGUUAGAACAGUCAGAGGCUUCAACAGAGAAGAAGAUGAAAUCCAGAGAUUCGAGAAAUCCCAGUAUGAAACAAUCAAGUGCGAGAGAAAGCUCGGCGUCUUAAUUUCAAUCAUGGCUACAAUUGUUUUAACUCUUCUUUGGGCUAUGGUUCUUGGUAACCUUUACUACGGUACACACUUAGUUCAGAACUCCCGUAAGCCAGAUGGUACAUUCGGAUUCGGUCUUGGUGACUUAAUGUCUUGCUGGGGCUACUGCAUGUUCGGCUGCAUGGGUAUUUUAAUGCUCCAGGGUUCCCUCCAGGGUGAACUGAGAGCCAUUGCUGCUGGUGCCAGAAUUCUCAAGUUAUCCAAGACACCACCAUCAGUUCCAUUCGAAGGUGGCAUUGAAACAGACAAUUUCAUUGGUGAAAUCGAGUUCAAGAACGUCACAUUCAGAUAUCCAAUACGUCCAGUCAAUGUUCUCAACAACGUUUCAUUCAAAGUAAGAAGUGGUGAAAUCGCUGCUUUAGUUGGUCACUCCGGAUCAGGCAAGUCCACAUGUGUCCAAUUACUCGAGAGAUACUAUGAUGUCAACGAAGGCCUCAUUCUUCUCGAUGGCAAAGAUAUCAAGGAAUACAACCCACGUUGGUUACACCACAAGAUUGGCUUAGUUGGUCAGGAACCAACACUCUUCUCAACAUCAAUCAAGGAGAACAUCCUCUACGGUGUUGAAAGAGCCACAGAGUCACAAAUUGAUAACGCCGCUGAAAUCGCAAACGCAAAGAAGUUCAUUGAAAAGCUUGACAAGAAGUACGACACAUUAGUUGGUGAUCGUGGUGGCCAGUUAUCUGGUGGUCAACGCCAGAGAAUUGCCAUUGCAAGAGCUGUCAUCAAGAACCCAAGAAUUCUUAUUUGCGAUGAAGCUACUUCCGCUUUGGAUGCUGAGUCAGAAAAGAAGGUUCAAGCUGCUCUUGAUAAUGUCCUUAUUGGAAGAACAGGUGUUAUUGUCGCUCACCGUUUGUCAACGAUCAGAAACGCCAACAUCAUUUAUGUUUUCGAUGCAGGUAAUAUCGUUGAACAAGGCACACACGAUGAAUUGGUUAAGAAGGGUGGUUUCUACUACAAGCUCGUUUCAAGACAACUUACACAGGCUGAUGUCAAGAAGGGUGCAGAUGCUGCUAAGAAGAACGAUGAGAACUCUGCAAGUGGAAAUAACAACAGUGAUACAAAGCCAGAAGAAUCUCCACGCCCACCAAGCAGACCAGUUGAACCACUUCCAGACGAUAAGAAGAAAGAUGAAAAGAAGAAGGAUGAUAAGAAGAAAGAUAAGAAGAAGGACAAGAAGAAAGAGACAAGCCGUGAUUCCGACUAUAGCUAUGGUGAUUACUACUCUGGAUUAUAUACUUCUGACGAAAACUCAGAAAAAUAA